UGUUGUGUGCCAAUUUUUAAAUUACGGGAAAGUGGUAAAAUGGGAAAACAUAAGGGCCAAAUUAUUCUUCUGAUCCAAUUUAUGGAAGAAAACCCAGAUUUAGCUAAGGGAUUUUCAAAACGGGAUAAGUCCCUCGUAAGCUCGUUGUGGCAGGAAUUGACCGAUACGUUAAAAGCCGCAGGUCCACCAACAAAAGAUGUAAAUGGGUGGAAAAAAGUAUGGACUGAGUGGAAAAGCGAAGUUAAGAAGAAAUUGGCACACAAUACAAGUGAAACGCGAGCAACUGGUGGUGGACCUUUCACAAAACAUACAUUGACCGAAUCUGAAGAAGCCAUUGUCCGAAUAUGUGGAAUGACGCGGGCGGUAGAGGGCAGGCGAUGA